UCCCAAUCCUGGGGAGGCAUGACGGGCAGCUCAGUUAUGCGGAGCACAUGACCGCCGGCAGGUGCUUCUUUAGGCCAGCGGGGCCUCAGUUCCUCGACCGCUCCGGCCAUGAGGAGGAACCCCGUGGAUGCUCCGGCCAGGCACCGGCAGAGGAACGCAAACCAGCCUCAUUUUGCCAUAGGGAGGCCGGACAUUUCCCAUUCAAGUUUCUGGUCCUGUAUGAGGCCAAUCCCUAGACCCCAGCCCAGCUGAACCUGGGAGGAUGUGCAAGUCGUUCCCUUGAGGACUUUCCCGAAAAUCUUGCCCUGGGAGUCCCCGGGAGUCAAGGUGCCCACCACGACUCAGCAGGAAAAGACAGCAAUCGGUCAAGAGGUUGCGAAACCAGGCGACUGUGAGUUUUAGCCCCGCCUUAGGCAGGAGCCAGCGGAGUGACUUGGGACCCUCUCAGUUGUAGGAGAGGCGGGAAAGCCACAUCUGAAAGGGCGGCCAAGAGAAGCAGAAGCCACCGCUGCCGCCGCCACUCAGCAAGGAAUCUGUAGGGCAUCUUUUAUUUCCCUACACAACAUCCCUGAAGCGCACCGGAGGCGUCCGCGGCAGCAUCUCCAGGCACUCCGGGAGUCGCCCCGCCGCCCUCCUACCAUGGGCCUCCGGGAGUCGCCGUACUCUAGCCGCGUCCUCGGGGGCCUGGACACGACCGCGCGGGCCCUCAUGUUCCCCGGCUACUGGUUAGCGAGCGAAGUGCUGGCCCUGCAGCGGACCACGGGGGAGAAGCCCGGCUGCGCGCCCCACGGCCUGGAGGUGGCCGUCCGGGGGCCGCUUCUGCUGUUGCUGCUGCUGCUCUACAGCCCCGUCUCGCUGCUGGCCCUCCUGCUCUGGCUGCCCCUGCAGGGCUCCCGGCGCCCCUUCGCCUACCAGCACACCCCCGGCAGAGCCCCUCCCGAGGCGUGGGCGCUUCCUGGGCCGGCCAGGACCCUCGGCCUCCUCAGCGGGAACGUCUGCCUGCUCCCUGAGGGGCUGGCCAAAUUCAGCAAUCUCUGGCGAACACAAUGGCGGGCCAGGCACAUCGGCCAGACCCUGGUGCAAGCGGCACGAUGCUCCAUGCCCCAUGCCCCCUCUGGUGCCCCCAAUGGCCUGGCAAUUCCACACGGGCUGCUGGGACCCCCUGCCGGUGUCCUGAGCCACCCCCGGGGCGACGCUGUGGUGACCAUGGAGCUGCCCAUCGUGGAGGAGGUGGGGGCCGUGGCAGGGGAGUCCAAGGGCCCCUGUGAGAUCUCUGUCUGCUUCCCUCCAAACCUGGACAUCCUGUGCCUGCAGGAGGUCUUUGACCCCCGGGCCGCUGCCCACCUGUGCCGGUUCUUGGGCCCCCAGUUUGAGCACAUCAUCUAUGACGUGGGCACCUACGGCCUGCAGGCUUCCUCCGCUCUGAAGCUGCUGAACAGUGGACUCUUCCUGGCCAGCCGCUACCCUCUUUUGGCAGUGGAGUUCCACUGUUACCCCAACGCUGCUGGCGAGGAUGCCCUGAGUGCCAAGGGCCUGCUGUGCACACAGGUGCAGCUGGGAGCUUGCCAGGGGCGAAGGGUCAUUGGAUACCUGAACUGCACCCACCUGCAGGCCCCCGAAGCCGACGGGCCCAUCCGUCACGAGCAGCUGAGCCUCUCCCUGCUCUGGAUGCAGCUCUUCCAAGACACCCAUGCGCAGCCGGGGGACGUGGUGGCCUUCGACAUCUUCUGUGGGGACCUCAAUUUCGACACCUGCUCUCUAGGUGAUGAGAUGGAACAAAGCCACGAGAUCUUCAGCCGGUACACAGACCCCUGCCGCAUCGGUCCUCGCCAGGAUGAGCCUUGGGCCAUCGGGACGCUGAUGAACUUGCUGCACAUCUACGACGAAGCUGUGGCCACCCCAGAGAACCUGAAGAGGACGCUGGAGAAUUCAGAGGAGCGCAGGAAGUACCUGGCGGGCCCCCUCCAGGCUGAUGGCAGCGCCAGCCUCUCGGCAACCUGGCAUGAAGGGCGGCGCAUUGAUUACAUUCUUUACCGGCAACACUCGGGCCCGGGGCACCUGAAGACUGAUAUUUUGGUUGCUGUGCUUGACCUCCAGCCCUCUCCCCUUGGGGCUGGUCUCCCACCGGCCAAAGACCUGCGUGGGUGGGAACAGAAGGACAGGACUCCAGAAACCCCACCCCCAAAAAAAAUCGUGGCCAGCCUCCUUGCUAAGAUAGACGGUGGAGAAGGUCUUCUUUUUCACCCAGCUGGCCACCUGCUCUGACCACUUGCCUAUUGGACUGCAACUCCUUGUGUCUUCAGAGGUGGAGCCGGAAGAGUGACCAGGCAGCCCCAGCAUGGAAGGACUCACCAGGACCUGCACCCUUGAUCCGGGGAGGGGAAGCUGUCCGGGGCCUCUCCCUGCCGGAGCGAGAGGGAACAGUCGCUUCUCCAGAGCCAAGCCAGGCCUUCUGUGCAGGCCGAGGGGCUGGCGUGGGAGCCCUUCAAGGUUGCAGGUGCUGGAGAAGUCACCGACUCCAGGCUCUGGAUGCUGCAGAUGGUGGAAGAGAGUGUGGUUCUGGUCAGCGGGGACCUUCAGGACGACUCCGGAGUUCUGUGCCCAAGUGCCUGGACCUCUUGGUCAGCCUCUCCUCUCGGCCCUCCUAGGAAGGGCUGCAUGAAAGCCUGGCACAAGGUCAGGCUGGGAGAGACAUGGGGGGCCUGUUCCACAUCUGGGUGACAUCGGCUGUUGAACAGCUGGUGCAGACUUUGGGCUGGGGAACUGAAAUCUAUCAAAUCAUUAUUUUUUUCACAAGGCGCAACUUGAGUUUCGUAACUAUUUACCCAAACGUUGUCAGCCUCCCAAGAUAAAAAUCUCACCACACAGAUUACACAUCCUGCAUCAGGCAUGUAUAAAACUGAAUGUUUCAGCAUAACUUGAAUUGUUUCCAAGAAACUGAAAGGCCUCAAAUAUUAAUAGUUGACUGCGUUUGAGCAGACCGUUCCUGGGGUGUUCUUCAUUUGUAGCACUUUUCAGCCAUGUGAGAACUCCUUCCCUGGGCUCUCGGGGCUCCAAAGCGUCCAAAUUUCAGUGGGGAUCGGCAGGGUCGGGGGUGGCCCUGCCCCUCCAUCCCUUGUGUGCAGGAAGGCACUUCCUGGUGCUGAUGACUGUACGGAUCUUUGUUCAACCACUUGAGUAAACAUCUUUGCAACUGGUUGGCACAAAAGGCUGGUCUCUUGUGGGACAGGGUGCAGCACCCAGGCUAGGAGGGCAGCCUGCAGAACUUGAUACAGACCCCGCUGCCCCCCCCACCGGGCGUGCAAGCCAAGCGUAGAAACCCAGAGAGGGGAGAUGCAACGUGUCCACAGGAAUGAAACAUGAUGGCCCUCAGAACCUGCGGCUGCAAGGGGUGGGAAGAGUUCCAAAGCUUUUCUUUUGCUUCACUCUCUGCUCUUCUGAUUUGGGGGGGCUUUUGGGAACUCUUGAGCGCUGCCCCCACUUUCUUCCCGCCUGACAGGAUCUCUCCUAUAUUGCCUUUCCCCCCACUGAAAUCCAUAGCCCAGGAAUUGCAGUAGCCCAAUCAAAGGUUGAGCCCCAAAGCAGUGAGAAUCUGAGAGGGUCCAGUAUAUCAGUGAGAAGAAUUACAAUUCGGAAAGGGGAUCCCGGAGAGGCACAGAGAAUGGCCUCUUUGAGCCUAAGGAAACCCUGCGCGCAGACAGGUGGGUGAACCUCAGAAGGCAAGCUGAAUUCUUCCUCCAGCUGGCACGCUGCCCUGCUCCUUCUCCUGAGGUGACCCCAAAGCACAGGGAGGAGGGGGCUGAUCUCGUGGGCCCCCUCCCUUUGCUGCAGGUCCCAACAGAUAAGACAUGCGGCAGAGGCCAGACCAGCUGGGGAAACAAACAUAGCAAUUAUAGGAUUAGUAAUAAAAAAGGGGGGGGCAAUUUCUUCCCUAUCAAGAAAGCCCGGGAGAGCUCUCCAGCAUCCUCGUAGGGUAUUUCAAUUGAGUGGCUGGAACAAUAAAGUCUACAAUGGGCCAGAACACAGAGCUGUAGCUGAUUGGUUGGAGAGUGCGGGCUUCUGCAUGAGGCAAUCUGCUGUGAUUGGUUGUUGUGUGGGGUAAAGGGAGAAUUUCCUCCCCCACAUCCCUUUUUUUCUUCUGUGUGCUCUGAAUGUUGUUCUGUGAUUUACCUUGAAGAUUUACCUGAUGAUGUAAUGAUGCGCCUGUCUUGUCUGCUGUAAAUAUAGAUGUAAAAUAUAUUUAUUUAUAAAAAACUACAA